AUGAAAAGACAUACCAACAAGAUCAUUUCAUUGACAAAGCAGCAAUGGCAACAACAUUAUCGUUCCGUGAUGCCAUCAUGGAAUAGAAAGAGCCAGUUCAUUUCUUUUGGAUCAAUGGCAGCUAGUACUCUUGUAAAAGAGUCCACCACACUUCUCUCCCAUUGUUCCGAAUACAAAAAUUUUCAUUCCAAUGUAAAAACAGGCGUGGAGGAGAGCUCAUCAUCAAGCCUUCAAAACAAAUCUUUUAUUAAAUUGGGAGUUCUAUUUGCAUGGAGCGGUAUGCAUGAAAGAAUGCAAAGAAAAUUUGAAGAAAAGACUGAGGAAAUUUUAAACAGUGUCGUAUUUCCAAACUACAAUAUCGAUAAGCAAACAAUCUUGUCGAUGACAAAGCAAAACAAGCCAAGUGUGGAAAAAUUGAAACAAAUUUAUCAAGACUGCAAUGUAUUAUUGGUGUGCCCACUAACAGGUGGAACAGAGGAAUUACUUCAAGAUUUAGUUUCACUCAAAAAACCAAUUGUACUUUAUGGAGAGAGUUAUCACAAUUCAAUUGCUGCGUCUCUAGAGCUUCGUCAAUAUUUUAGAAAUUAUAUGAUUCCGUCGGUGCUGGUUAACAAAACAGAUCUAAUUCAUUCAAAGCUGGAAGAAUUUGCUACAAGAUACGAGCAGAGUUGGAAACAUUUUCUGGAUUUAAGACUAGGACUCAUUGGAGAGAUUUCACCAUGGCUCAUUAACGAAAAGGACUUUGUUACGAAAGAAUCCUUACAAGAAAAUGGUGGCUUGGAGGUCGUUACUCCAUCAUUUCGACUACCAUUUACAAAGAUAUCAUCCAAGGAGCUUUAUGAUACGUUCAAGGAUGUUACAGUUGAUGAGGCUAAGGAAGUUGCAAUUCUCGUCCAAGAACUCCAGGAACAAAAAGUGAAAUCAGUAUGUUGCGGUGGAAGAAAGAAAGAUACAACACAUUCUGAAGAUACUCACUGUCAUGGGUCUACUGGAACAUGUGGUUCUUCCAAUAGUGGUUCAUGUAAAUCAUCAGACGGCGAUCAUUCUUGUUCUGGAGAGACAGUGCUGAGUAAGGUUUCUACUGAAUCCCUCCCUGUUGUGCCAACAGACAGUCUUAUUGAAGCUUGCAAAGUUUAUAUUGCCAUUCAACGACUUCUCAACAAGUACAAACUGGACGGAUUUACCAUUGGAUGCUUUGAUUUAAUUGCUGACAUCAAGACAACACCCUGUCUUGCUCUUGGACUGUUGAAUGGUAUUCCACAACUUAAAUUAAGUGAUGGAAAAUUAUUGACAAUGAAAGCAAGCGCCUGUGAAGGAGAAUUGAAUUCCUUACUUGCAAUGAUCUUGUGUCAAAAGUUUUUAAACAAAUCACCCUUUAUGGCCAAUAUCGUAGAUUUCACACCUUCACAAAACGGAAUGGAAGACGAAUUACUAAUUGCUCACUGUACAGCUCCAAUGAUUCCAGGCCUUCCUUUCGAGCUUACUACUCACUUUGAGAGUGGUACGGGUGUUGCUGUCCGUGUGGACAUGCCAACUGUGACUGGCUUGAAAAAUGUAAAAUCAGGUCACAUGAAUGGUAAAACGGUGGCUGCAUUAGGAGCUUCCUCAGCUAUGGCUACUCUUAUUAAGAUUAAGAAUACUAGGGAUGUCAUUAUCGCUCCUGUAGUUGUGUAUGAUAAAGAGACGUCAUUACUCAGAUGCAGAACUCAGCUGCGACUCAGAAUGCAACGUGUGAAUGAUUUUGUGGACUCAACUUUUGGUAAUCAUCAUUUACUCAUAUAUGACAAUUACUACAAUGUGAAGGACAUGUUUACAGAGCUUGGGUUCAGUAUAACAGAACACAUGUAG